CACGACCUACUGUAUAAAGGGCGACCUGCGCGUGCGGCGCUUCGCCUGCGCCGCCGAUUUGCUUUUGCUUGUGUGGUUUUUUUUAGUUUUCCAAACCGCCGCCGCGAAUAGUGGCGCUAGUGCUCACCCCCACCUUGUGGCCGGCCGCACGCUUUGGCAGCAAGCAUUUUCAGCGACAGCACGGAGGGAUCCAAACUGACACUGUGAUUCUCAGCCCCGUGGGCGCGGGCUUUCGAGUUUGCGGCUUCACAUACGAUGGUUUACUGCUGCGUGCCGUUGUGCAAGUCAAGCGGCCGAACAGCACGAGGAAUUUCCUUUCACGAGUUCCCCGUGACCGACGUUAGGAACAGAUGGUUGAAAAACAUCUCUCGGCAAGGCUGGUCAACAGCCUGGUGGUCAGCCGGGUCACAUACUCCCUGCCGUACCAUGUAACCAUCAUAGCCGAAAGAGAACAAGCCGAAGCAAUCCUUCGGAAGGCACACAAAACAGCCCUUCAUCUCCCAAGAAACACAUCCAAUGACAAGCUGAUGCAACUGGGAAUCAGCAACAUGUUUGAAGAACUAAAAGAAUGCCAGCUCAAGGCACAAGCGCGAAGGCUCAGUAACACAACAACAGGAAGGGCGCUCCUGGCAAAGUUGGGUUGGGAAAUAGAAAAACCGCAAAGUAGUAGGGCAAUAAUACCGGACCUGCUAAGGAAGAAACUACGUGUACAACCUGUCCCCCGCAAUAUGGACCUCAAUCUCCAUACCAGCAGGCGACAGGCUAGGGCAGAAUUCUACGAAAGAACGAUGGGGCAGAGAGACAACACAGAUGCUUCCCUCUAUCCAAAAGGACACAGGAAACACGCAGUAGCGGUAGUAGUUAAUAAUCAAAGCAAACUAAUUACGAGUCUCACGGUAGCGGUAUCAGACAUAACCGAAGCAGAGGAAAUAGCUGUUGCACUGGCAGCAGAUGAAGGAUACAGGAUAGGAAAAUCCCUCAACAUCCUAACAGACUCACAAGAGGCGUGCCGAAACUAUAUCAGGGGUAGAAUAAGCAGCACGGCACUCAAGAUCCUUAGUAGAGCACCACUCUAUGAAGGACAACCUACACACAACAUAAUCUGGAUACCAAGCCACGCAGGGAUUCAGGGCAAUGGAGGGGCGGACAGCUUAGCUCGAGGCUUCACCAUCCGAGCGGGUACCUCAGUCCCCCCGGGAGAGCCUCAGAUUACUUGCGGGGACAGUUAUUCAGAGCUGCUAAACCUAUAUAGGGGGCGAAGAUUCCAAUACCCCCCACCACACAAAGCGUUGACGAAGGAGGAAGCCGCAGGAUGGCGUAGACUGCAGACGGGUUCCUUUCCAAAUCUUUACAUACUAAGCAGGAUGUUCCCCACACAAUAUUGCGCCGUAUGCCCGUGGUGCGGAGCAAGGCCAACACUAUAUCACAUCACAUGGGAAUGCGAGAGAAACAAGACAUUCCACAAACAUACAACACCAAGUGCGGAGCAAUGGGAGAGCCGGCUCACCAGCUGCGAGCUAGGGGUCCAAAGGGCCCUCAUAGCACACGCAAGCGAGGUGGCCCGACUCAGUGGUGCCCUGGACUAGGGGCCCACCCAAGGCUGAAGGGGACCUAAAGUUUUCAAGAAUGAAGACUUCGUCCUCAACUCGCUAAUAUCUUAAAGAACCAAUAAAGUUUUCCAUUCCAUUCCAUUCUCGGCAAGGCGAAGGUAAGUUACUAUGCUGCACUUAGCUUUGAAACGUGCUUUUAAUGUGCAUUUCGAGCGACGGCUCGAAAUUUCGGCGGCCAAGCCUUCAAAGUAGUUUCAGAUUUCAUUGCACUGCACAGCGAAGAUACCAAAUAUCUGGGGUCGAGUGCCUCUCGCAUGUGUCGCCGCGCCUUUUUCUAGCCGCACCCUGUCUAUAAUGUGAAAUGCUGAGUUUACUGCAGCUCCUCUGCGAAUUUUUACCGUCAUCGCCGUAUUCCUGAAGGCAGGGCCGGAGCGUUUCGGGCGUUGCUGUGGGGGUGAGCUUUGGCGGCAUCUACCGGCGCGCUUGGUCCCUACUCAAUGAUCACGUGGUAUUUCUUCGGCCGCGCGCUCCCGUAGGCGACCACGGGAUGCGCAGGUCGCCCUUUAUACAGUA